CAAUUGGUUUUAUACAUAUCAACAAAGAAAGAACAAUAGAAAAGUCAAUUUUUUCACCGUUUUCCUACAAGUUCUAAUUUGAUAGAAUACAGAGCGCUCCACGAAAUGAGAGAUAAAUUUGGCAACGUGUCGUUUUAUGAUGUCGAAUUAUGGUUACGCAGUUAUUUUAGUCAAGCAGCAAAAAGGGUAAAAAAAUAGUGAAACACUCUUUGAAAAAUGUUCGAAUUGAUGUUGAUUAUCGCUUUGGCCCAUCUGGUUUAUUGCCCCUUCACCAAAGUCGAGGAGAGUUUCAACAUCCAGGCCAUCCACGACCUCUUCUACCACGCGACCGAUUUCUCCAAAUACGACCAUCGCGAAUUUCCAGGUGUUGUACCGAGGACUUUUCUUGGGCCGAUCGCCGUUUCAGCCGCCUCUGCACCGAUCGUCACGGUUUUACAAUAUUUGGACGUCAACAAGUUCUGGACGCAGUACAUCGUCCGUUCAGUUUUGGCCACUCUGAUUGUAUUAUCGUUCAGUAAAUUAACGAGAACAUUGCAGAAGCAGUUCGGCUCCGAUUUUACGACAUGGUUUUUAGGAAUAACAGUCACGCAAAGUCACUUCAUGUUCUACAUGAGCAGAACUUUGCCGAACAUUUUUGCUCUUCCACUCGUUUUGUUGUCGUUCGACGGGUGGAUAAAAAACUCGACGAAACAAUUUAUAAUUUGCGCUGGCGCGAGCAUAAUAAUCUUCCGCUCGGAACUGAUGUUGCUCUUCGGCAUCCUGCUGUUGUUCGACCUCUACGAAAAGCGCAUAACUGUCAAAAAGUUGUUGCAGACGGCGAUUCCAGCAGGAAUCGGCCUGUUAAUCCUGACAGUAGUCGUGGAUUCGAUCUUCUGGAACCGAAUUCUUUGGCCAGAAGGAGAAGUCUUGUAUUUUAACACCGUUUUAAACAAAAGUUCCGAUUAUGGCACUUCUCCGUUUUUCUGGUAUUUUUACUCGGCGAUUCCAAGAGGAAUGUCGACGUCCUUGCUGUUCCUACCCUUGGGUGUGAUCCUGGAAAGACGCACGAGAAAACUGAUCGUGCCUUGUAUCGUGUUCGUUCUUCUCUAUUCAUUUCUGCCACACAAAGAACUGAGAUUUAUAAUUUACGUUUAUCCGAUCCUGAAUGUCGGUGCGGCGGCGGCUUGCAACAGAAUAUGGCAGAACCGAAUCAAGUCACCGUUUCACCAACUUCUCUCGCUGUUCGCGUCCGGCCAUCUCGCCACCAACACUCUUUUCACGUUGUUCCUGUUGAGUGUCUCUGCUUUGAAUUAUCCGGGCGGAAGUGCCAUUUCCCGAUUGCAUCGUCACGCGCGGAACGAAACCAACAUUUCCGUUCACGUUUCCAAUUUGGCUGCUCAAACCGGAGUCACGAGAUUUACGGAAAUCAACGAAGAUUGGAGAUAUUCGAAGGAAGAAAAUUUAAAGCCGGGCGACCCGAAACUGUUCGAAUUCGAUUAUUUGAUAGUCGAGGCAAAGAGCAAGUUUUCAACAAACCUAAAACCGUACGCUUCAACCCACGACGUCAUCGACUCCAUAGAAGCGUUCCAUCAAAUCAGUUUCGACUAUCGAACGAUUCCGUUCGUUAAAAUCAAAACGAAACCCGUUUUGUACAUUUUAAGAAGGAGAAGUGAUUACAAAGAUUACUUAAACAUGAACAACCAACAAAAUUGGUUGGAAAACGAGGACAUUUUUAAGGCUAGUGAAGAGAACUGGAUAAACACAGAGGAAAAAUCCAACGAAAAUGAAGAAAUCCCUCAGAAUUUCGAUGAAAGUGCGGAAACUCAUGAGAAAAAUGACGAAACAGAGCGUAUUGAAGGGGCGGAGAGUUACGAAGAGUUAUACAAUAUUAAGGAACAAACUAAGAAAAAACAAGAUAACGAAGAUAAUAAAAUUUUAAAGAAGAGUAAUGAUAAUUUUAAAAAACAAGAAAAAUCUAAAAAGUCUAGUUUAGAAAAUGACAAUUUGGAAAAUGUGAGUGAUAAACGUGAAGAAAAACCGAUAAAAAGUGAAGAAAUUUUACGGAAUUCUCUCGAGAGCGGCGAUGUUUUCGAAGAUUUUGAUGAGAGUGAAGGAAUUUCAGAAACUGUUGAGAAAAAUGAAAAAAUAUUCGAAACCAUUUUAGAGAAAUCUGAUAUGAAAAAUUCAGACAAUUUUAUUACAAGUGAAGAAACUUUAGUAGUUGAUGAUGAAGAGAACGAAGAACUUUCUGAAGAUCUCAAGAAAGAAGAAAGUAAAGAGAUGUCAAAAAUGAAAGUUAACAGACAUAGGGAAAGUAAAGAGGAUGGUGGUUCAAAAAGUUCAAAAAGAAACUCUAAGAAACACGACAAACGUUUAGAUAACAGUGUCGAGAGUACCACCGAAGAAAUUCCAGACAAACAACCAAAAAGAACAAAAGAAAAUUUAAAAAAUAACCUUGAAACAAACAAACAAGUGGAUAAUGAAAAUUUAGAGAGUUCGAUUGGAGAGUCGACAAAUAUUCUAAACGAAACGGAAGAAACAGAAACGAAACAGAACGUAAAACUGAACAUAAAAAAGAUAAUCCAGAAAUACAAACGAAAAAAACAGGAGGAAAAACCCGAAAACCAUAAGGAAAAAUUGAAAAAACUAAUUGAAGAAGAAAAACUGAAACAAGAACAGGAAGAACUGAAAAAGAUACAGAAGCAAAUCGUCGAAAUAAUAGACAACAAUCCCAACAUAGUCAAUAAAAAAAUCAUCAAACACAAACUUGAGACCGAAUUGAUGAGUUUAAUCGAUGUAAAACCGCCGAGACUGAAUCAAGAUCUCGUCAAAAACGAGAAAAAACUGAUGAAGAAAAUGAAGAAAGCGCACGAAAAAAUUGACGAUUUGAUGGUGAUCAUCGAUGAGAUCGUCGAUACCAUUGAAAUUACUGAUGAAAGCGACGAGUAUUGAAUUGUUGAAAGUUGUUGAUUUUGUUAAAGUUGUUUAAUAAAAUUAUUUAUUAAAA